AUGGUUUGUUGCAUACCGCUUUCGCCAACAAAUGUUCCUAACAAUAAGUCGGAAGUAGCAUUCAAGAUACCGAUGAAUUGUAUCGAAUGCGAGAGAAUCAUGACUGACGUUAUUUCCAAAUUCAAAGGGGUUGACAAAUAUGUGACAGAUUUAGAGAAUGAAAAGAUUUUGGUCACUGGAAGUUUUAAUCAGGAAAAGUUGUUGAAGAAACUCGUGCUCAAAGUUAAAAAAGAAGUGGAGAUUGUGAAAAAGGAAGAGAGGAAUGUGGAACCUGAAAUUGUUGAAAGAGCUGAAGAAUCUGAAAUAGUUGAAGAAGAAGCAAGAACCGAAGUGGUUGCUGAACCAAAUAGUCAUGAGAUUAAGGAUAUUGAAAAAAUUAUGCUGUUUAGUGAUGCAAAUCCGAACGCGAAAUGUUCGAUUUCUUAA